GUCCUUGUUUCACCGGAACAACCCGUUCUUGCAGUUGGAUGAUCUCGAGGACGGCGGGGGUCUUGAAGAGAUAGAAGCACAACAAGCAGACGUGAUGGACCACGAUGUUAAUUUCGCAAACAACAACGGGAUGCUGAUGAUAAAUGGGUCAACUACAUUUCUGGAGAACAAGCGGAGCUCUCCUCGGGGAGGCGGGACAACAACGUCAAAUAAAGGCGCAUUUUUCGGGUUGAAGAACAAGAAAGACAAAUACAGCCCGACAAAUUUCGAAGCCACGCACGACAACACGCUGCUGAGUGCGAAAACGCAAAAGCGGCCGUCGAAGGAGUACGAUGGGAGGAAGCGAAGAGCUGGAGAUGGAGGGUAUGAUAUCCUGUUUACGCAUAAACGCAAAAAAAGUUUUUUGGAAAUUUGAAAAACUUGAUGUACUAGCACCAGCACAUCACAAACCUUCUUCUUUCUUCACAAUUAAGCUUGAGGAUCGCUUUGAAUUUGUACGUUUGCAGCUUUAGCAUGUUCAAUCUAUCAGCAGGGAAAAAAGAAAAAUUAAAAUACUAUAUCAGUUCCGUCGACGAGGAGGACGGGUCCGAGGAGCAAUUUGAUGCCGACACAGCAGCUUCUCGGCUGCACCACCAC